GAGUACGUAACUGUUAUUUGAUCGGACCAAUACUCGGCAAUAUUAGAUGAUCUCAGACCGUUGAUUGUGUCCGGUUUUGGUGAACUAUAUGGAUCCAAGAAUCAAUAAACCGGCUCACACCAAUUUUGUUCAUAGAUGGUGACAACACCAAGGAAACAGAAAGACAGACAAAAAGAGCAAUGAUACUUUCCUUGGCGAUUCACGCAAUUGUUCACUUACACUCUUUAGCAAAAGUUAAAAAUCUGAAAUAGUGAUUCCAAAUAUUCUUCUUUCUACAAAUAGAUAUGAAAAGCAAGGAAGAUAAUAAAUGUAAAGCAAAGAGUGAUACUUACACUAAAACUAACAUUUCAGAGACAGUAAUGGUUUUGUAAAAAGAUGUAAAGUGAUUUAAAGAAACAAAAGCUUGUUUAAGAAAACAAAACAUGAAAAAAGAAACAAAGCUUGUGUCACUGGCUCUGCUCUCAAAAAGAUGGCCAUAGUUUCCAAAAAAAUUGCAAAAACACCCAACUGUUGGACAGUUGAAAUCAAUUAUGAAUGAUUAGUAACCAAAUAAUUUGCUCAUGAUUAUACAAAACAAGAAGGUUAAUGGUCCAAACAAACUAAAAAUCGAAAGAGAAUAACUUGCAAGAGUCAAUAAAUCCAGCGCAUGAUAAUUAUUAUGAAAAUUUAAUCAGUUAAUUAAUCAAAAUGAUUAAAUAUUAAAAGAAAAAGAAAAAGCUGUUACCAUGAAGUGCUGGAGGCGGUGCCUCAUUUCUUUCAGAGCCCAGAAAUCUAUAAGAACUGUCCCAAAACAAAAGGAUUAAAAAAAAAGAAAGAUAUUUAAUCUGUUCUCUAUGAUAUUUAAAAAUCGAGAAUCUCUAAUGAUCGUUGCGGUGGUGGUGCAGAUGUUGCGAUUACAAUAAACAAGAAAAAAAACACAACAUAACAUGUUGUCAUUUUGAUUUUCGAUUUUUGAAAUAAAUCUUUCAACCAGACAGUUCUAUCCAUCUCAAAGGAGAAGACUUUUGUUUCUCUCUCUCUCUCUCUCUCUGGCGUAGAGGCGAAGUUAACAGCGCCGCACGUAAUAAGCCUUUCCAUGGCUUUCCAGCGGCGGCGCUACAAUUACUACAACCGUCUCCGCCGUCUCCUCCCGCUUAUUUGCGGCUUCUCCGGAGCUCUUCUCAUCCUCUUCGCCCUCCUCUCCGUCUUUUCCCCUCCUCCUGAUGAUUCCGAUCGCCGCAUUUCCAAGCAGAUUAACUAUGGAGUCAAUGAUGAGAAGAAGCACGUAGCAGUGGUGUUCAGAGUUCCGAGAAGUGGAGGGAGAUCAGAUCGUGAUAUCUGGCGUUCUUGGAAUGCUCAACUCUUUCACGGUUGCUGCAACGCAAGCACCAAGUUCCCAAAUGCUAAAGCAAUUACUAGAAGUGAUCGGUACUUGGCAAUCGCCACUAGUGGUGGUUUAAACCAACAGCGAACUGGAAUCGUAGAUGCUGUUGUUGCUGCUCGAAUUCUAAACGCUACCCUUGUUAUUCCUAAGUUAGACCAGAAAUCCUACUGGAAAGAUGCCAGUGACUUCUCCCAUAUCUUCCAAGUUGACUGGUUUAUAUCGUUUCUCUCAAAAGACGUCAAAAUCAUUGAGCAACUUCCACCUAAAGGAGGACAAACGUGGACCCCCAGAAGAAUGCGUGUACCUAGAAAAUGCAAUGAGAAAUGUUACAUCAAUCGGGUUUUACCUGUUCUUCAGAAAAGGCAUGCAGUUCAGUUGAACAAAUUUGAUUACAGACUCUCAAACAAGUUGAGAGAUGAUUUGCAGAAGCUGAGGUGCAGAGUAAACUAUCACGCGCUUAAGUUCACUGAUCCCAUUCUCAAAAUGGGCAACGAACUAGUCAGAAGAAUGCGGUUAAGGAGCAAACACUACAUUGCUUUACACCUUAGGUUUGAGCCAGACAUGCUAGCCUUCUCGGGAUGUUACUAUGGUGGUGGUGACAAGGAGAAGAAAGAGUUGGCAUCAAUCAGAAGGAGAUGGAAAACUUUACAUGUGAAUAACCCUGAAAAGCAAAGGAGACAAGGAAGAUGUCCACUUACACCAGAAGAAGUUGGAUUAAUGCUUAGAGCUUUGGGAUAUGGAAGUGAUGUUCAUAUAUAUGUUGCAUCAGGUGAGGUUUACGGAGGAGAAGAGUCAUUAGCUCCGUUGAAAGCGCUUUUCCCACAUUUCUAUUCUAAAGACACUAUAGCUACCAAAGAGGAGCUAGAACCGUUUUCUUCUUACUCUUCACGAAUGGCUGCGUUGGACUUCCUUGUGUGCGAUGAAAGCGAUGUCUUUGUAACAAACAAUAACGGGAACAUGGCGAGAAUAUUAGCUGGUCGAAGGAGAUAUUUUGGACAUAAACCGACGAUUAGACCGAAUGCAAAGAAGCUGUACAAGUUGUUUCUAAGCAAAGAGAACACAACUUGGGAGGAGUUUGCUUCAAGAGUCAGAACGUUUCAGAAAGGAUUCAUGGGAGAGCCCAAGGAAGUCAGAGCCGGUAGAGGUGAGUUUCAUGAGAAUCCGUCCACUUGUAUAUGCGAAGCUACAGAAGCUAAGGCAAAAGAAGGAGGUAUGGAUUCAAGAAAACUCGGUAAGAAAAAACAAAAAGAAGGUGAUGAACCGAAGGAAGAUGAAGAUGCAGAGUGGUCGUCAGAUUAUGAGGAAGACCAAACUGAUUUGCAUGACAGAGGGUUGUAUAAUGGUACGAGGUUGGAUUAUGAGGAUAUGUCUUCGGAUGAGCCUGAGCUUGAAGAAAUGCUGUCAGAUUGAUUCUAAUUUUAAAAAGACUAAAAGAUCGGUUUUACAACCUUUUUUGUUGUGGUCUUUUGCUUUCAUCAAUUUCUUCUGUACAUAGGAAUCCAAUCCGAGGAAGAAUGGCCUUUUCCUUUC